UUUGAAAUAAAAGGUAAAAAUUUAAUUGAAUUCAAUAUGGAAAUGGAAUAUGAAGAUGCGGGUUGGCAAGGUCGUCAAAAGCAACCUGGCGAGGACGAGGAAAUGCCCGAGGAUAACCCUCAGGAAACCAUUCAAGAAUGUCUUGAAAAAUUUCUAACGCCUGAUUAUAUAAUGGAACCCGGGAUAUUUACGCAACUAAAACGCUAUUUCCAAUCCGGUGGCUCUCCAGAAGAAGUUAUUACAAUGCUGUCCGAAAACUAUAAAGCUGUUGCUCAAAUGGCAAAUUUGCUUGCUGAAUGGCUUAUUCUUGCUGGCGUUAAAGUCACCGAUGUACAAGCAAUGGUGGAAAACCACCUUAAAGACAUGAUAUUGAAGACCUUUGAUCCUAAAAAAGCCGAUACGAUUUUUACAGAAGAAGGAGAGACGCCUGACUGGUUGACUGAAAUGAUUGACCAUCAUACAUGGCGUUCACUUAUUUAUCGACUGGCGGAGGAGUAUCCCGACUGCUUAAUGUUAAACUUCACCAUAAAAUUAAUCUCGGAUGCUGGUUUCCAAAGCGAAAUUACAUCAAUUUCAACUGCUGCACAGCAAAUUGAAGUAUUUUCGCGGGUGUUAAAAACUUCCAUUACAAAGUUCCUUAACAAUCCCGAAGACAUACAAGGGGCUAUACAAGAAUGCGCGCGCAUGGUAUGCCACGGACAACAUACGUAUGUUUACUCGCAAGUACUAAUUCAGGUAUUAAGUCAGGAGACGAAAGGCGGUUUCAAUAUGAAGCGUCUGUCACAAGAGAUUACAAAGUAUGCGCUGCAAAAUAAUCAAAAUGUAACUCCCAUCACUAUGGCUCUUAAUGGCUCCGCAGCUUAUCCACAAGCGUGCCAGGCUCUAUCAUCGAUGCUUUCACGCAACACGCUUAAUCCAGCAGAUAUUACAGUUUUGUUUCGAAAUUAUUCUGCUGCAGACCCCCCACCAAUCGAUUUAAUACGAAAUCCUCAAUUCCUCGAACUGCUUGUGGAUUCACUAUUCAAAGCGGGGGUAAAAAUUAAUCCUGAACACAAGUCCAAGUAUAUUCACUUGCUGGCUUAUGCGGCUUCAGUAGUUGACACACCGGCAAAAAAGCGCCCAAUGACCGAGCGUGUGCUCAAUAAAGAUGAAUUGAAAAGUACCAUACAAGCAAUCGAAAAAGUUCACGCAAUUUGCAAUGUUAACAAGGGCUCCACCGAACUGAUUGCGGAAUUGCAAACGCUUUACAAUUGCAUUAAAUAUCCAGUGGUUGGUGUUGGUGUUAUACGUUGGAUUGAGAACACAGUUACCGAGCCAUCUUACUUUAAACUAUCAACCGACAGUUGCCCUACUCAUUUGGCCAUACUAGAUGAAGUCGCUGCUGUGCAUCCCACAUUGCAUCAACAAAUUUUACGAUUACUUAUAAGGCUAUUCGAAUCGAAGCAGGAUGAGCUAGAGAUUUUAGUACAACUAGAAAUGAAGAAAAUGUUAUUGGACCGAAUGGUUAAUCUAUUAACCCGCGGCUGUGUAGUGCCCGUUGUAAAAUAUAUUAAACAGUGCUGCGCUAAAGGUGACACAGACAUAUCACUCAUACGCUACUUUGUUACUGAAGUACUUGAGACUAUAACGCCACCAUAUUCACCAGAAUUUGUGCAACUGUUCUUACCAAUGGUGGAAAAUGAGGAAAUUACGGGUACUAUGCGUGGUGAAGGUGAUAAUGAUCCUGUUUCGGAAUUUAUCGUGCACUGUAAAGCUCGUUACACCACCGUUUAGCUCAGUGAUUCCAAGUUUUGGGAAAUAUAAGCAUUAUCCUGAAAGCUUAUCGUACUUUACUAUUACAACGGAAGUUCUACUUCAGUGACUAUUCAACACCAGGCGAUAUAAUAAUAUGUAUAUUUAAAAAUAUUAUCUGUUGUAGUAAGUUUCAGUUAUAAUUUUCACUUGCUGAAGGGAUCUUAUCUUGUAUAGUUUUUUUUCAGUUUAUUCUUUAUGGUUGUAUCUAAAUACAUAAAUAAAUUUUUGUAUGACUAA